CGACAGCUGCGACGCAUCCAUGCUUCAGAAGCUCAUGGCGGCAUCCUUUGCCGACUGGCCCCUGCUGCCCACCACACACACAGGCAUGUUAGGUCGUAUCUGAGGGCGGAAGGACUAGAGGUUCUAAAGAUGUCGGCAUACGCUAGUGCUUCCUUGUGGAACAAACUUUGCAUUGUGACAGGUGCUGGAAGUGGAAUUGGAAGGGCAAUAUGCAGAUUAAUAGCUGAAGAAGGUGGUGCUGUAAUAGCUGCAGAUAGGAAUGGAAGAGCUGCAGAGGAGACCAUUGCAAGCUUGACCAGUGAUCUGGCACAUGAAGCUGUUUCCAUUGAUGUUGCUUCAAAGACUACUGUACUGGAGCUAAUGAGAGGUAUAGAAAGUAGAAAGAUCCCAGGUCCCUCUGUCCUCAUCAAUUGUGCAGGAGUCACUAGGGAUAACUUCCUCCUAAAAAUGGAUGAGGAAAGUUUCACUGAUGUCCUGAAUGUGAACUUAAAGGGCACCUUUCUGAUGACUCAGGCUGUUGCACAUUUGAUGAUUAAGAAAGGGAUCACAGAUGGAUCAGUUGUCAAUUUUUCAAGUGUAGUGGCCAAACAUGGGAACAUGGGACAAUGCAACUAUGCUGCAAGUAAAGCUGGAGUAGAGGCAUUCACCAAGACAGCUGCUAAGGAAUUAGCUCAGUAUGGCAUUCGGGUAAAUGCUGUGGUUCCUGGAUUUACUGCUACACCCAUGACAGCCACAGUCCCAGACAAAGUGAUCCAGAAGCUCUUGUCUUUGACUCCAUUGAGGAGAAUGGCCAGACCAGAAGAAAUUGCUGAAGUAGCAGUGUUUUUGGCUUCAAAGAGAAGUAGCUAUAUCACUGGUGCCUGCAUUGAUGUGACUGGAGGA